AUGGCCAUCCAUGCGGCGGGCAACACUUAUUCCCCUCAGCAACUCACGAGCCGGAAGUGCGUGCCUAAGCAGCAGGCUGGGCGGAACCGGAAGGACUGGGAGGACGUCGAGAGUUUCCUGCGUGGUCAGCUACCCGGCUUCCAGUGGGAGCAGGCCUUGCCCGAGCCGUCGAUCCACCGCGUCGUUUCCGGCUUCUCACACCGGAACACCAAGUUCGUCGAUUUAAUCGUGCCGAAGCUCAAGACGGUGGAGGUACAGCAGCGUCUGAAGAAACUCAUCAAGAAGGUUCGCCGCCGCCGCUCGAAGGCCCCCGAGCUCGUGACGAACAACGACAACGUCUGCACCUUGUCAUUCGCUGCGACUACGUCAACGCGAGACAUUGCCAGACUAGUCGCUGUCGUGAUACUGCGGUACCUCUACUUCUGCGGGCGCAUGUGGGUGGUGACGAUGCGCGACUUCGGGUCCGCCUGGCUCGACCCGGUAGCCGUCUACCUGCACCUCGUCGAAGCCGUUCUCGAGCAGAAUUAUGUUCGAUUCUUUGACGACGACGGCAAGACCACGCUCCUGGGGACGGUGGACCUGAUCUCUGGUCUGCCGCUCACCCACGGCAGUCUUGCUGGGAGCUCGGGCAAGGUCACCUACCUCGCCCACGAACAGCACGGCCUCCGUGCCUCGCUGUUCCGUGGUGAUGAGACGGACGAUGACCUGUACGGCAACCACGGUCAUGAAGCGUUCGCCGUCAACGUCACGCGUGGUUCCUGGCGAUACCCCACUCUGGUGGCGCACAUUCGCAGCCGCCAGGAGCCUCUUCAGAAGCUCGCCGACUCCCUCGCCAAGGUCGGAAUCCUUCCCAAGGUUACGCUCCCAGAGUUUCAACCGUCGAAGCAGAUGCGCGAACUCUGGAUGAAUAACCGCGUCGACCCUCUGGAAGCGGUCUCCCGUGAUCCCGCUCUCCCAGAGCGCCUGUGCCGAGGUCUUGAAGCCGCGCGCAGGGAGGUGAAGGAGCUCGCCGAUGCUCGCCGAAGACAGCAGGCUGAGGCAGCGGAGCAGGCAAACGCCAAUGGUCGCCGCCUGAUGUCAGGAGCGUGCGACACCUGCGCCACCGCUCUUCGCAUGGACGGAAUCUGCGCAUCUUGCAAGUCAGAUGCCAGGCGGCUGGAUAGAUAUGCCGAACGCGCAUCAAGUCGUCAGUCCGUCCGACCCGGGCUGUCCGGUCAAGUUAACGUGGGCUUCGGCAUCGGAAACCAGGCACAAGGCGGGUCUGGCUACCGACUGCUGGAGGGCUUGUGUCUGUAUCCAGACUGCGACACGACAUACAACGUUUGGAGGCCAUGGCCUGGUCGCAAGAAAGCAGGCCGAGUCUGUGCGAGGCACAAUGCCUCCUUGCGUCGCGACACCAACGACUGCACGCGCUUGACUGCCGUGCUGGACGAGAUCCUCCGUUCCCUUCCUCAUCGUUCAGCGACCCCACUUCUUCUCAAGCGCGAGAUCGCCAAGCUUGUUGACACGCGAGACAUCACCGCUAGGGCCAGGUCUGGCACGCGCCGUUACAACAAGCGCCCAACCAACCCCAAGAUCGACAAGACUCGGCGGUCUGCUUGGCCGGUGCCUGCAGCAUCACCCGAUAAGCGCCACCAAAUCGACGCCGAGGGCCCAGCUCGCCACAGUACGGGCAACACUGAUCGAACGAACUGUAUACACAACUCUGCCAAGUUUGCGAUGCUCGAAACUUCAAGAGACAUUACGGAUCUCGCUAUUUUCAUGACGGAAAUGAUACCUGACGUAGACGUUUCUGGGCUCGCCGCCUUGCGUAACAAAUUCUCGAACAGGGCUAUCAACGCGCUUGGUUCCCCGACGGCUCGUCCUCCCUCAUCGGCACCAUCGACCCCAAGUCAAGCCUCCCGCACGACUACAGCGGCAGAACAGGGGGUUCUGGCAGGCCCACGUCCUUGGCGCACGGGCACCACAGGCAUUCCCCAGCUCGACCCUGCGGCUGCCGCCGCCCGUGCCGCCGUUCCUCGCGCUGCCACUCCUCUGGCCGCUCAUGCCGAACCCGCGCUUGCCGGCGAGCUGGGCAUUCCCCAGCUCGACCCUGCCGCUGCCGCCGCCCGUGCCGCCGUUCCUCGCGCUGCCGGUCAUGUCGCUGCUCCUGCCACCCUCGGCGCGCCUGCCCGUCUUGCCAGCCCGGCUGUCCUUCCUGUCAACUUCCAAGAGCCCGGCAGCCACAUUGACAACCCGAUCGUGAUAGACGUUGCGGAUUUCGGUCAAUUUGCCGACGUUCUCGCUAAGGUGGGCGUCAUAGAGCCGGUCAAGCUCCCCGAGUUCGAGCCCUUUGAGCGGAUUAAGGCGCUAUGGAAGCAUAACGCCGUGCACCCUGUCGAGGCCGUUGCACGCGACCUUGGUCUUCCUGGAAGAUACGAGGACGGCCUGAAGAAGGCUCGGACUGAGGUCAUGUUGCAGGCUCUCAACAGAGGUCGAAAGCAAGCCGUCGCCGACGACGUGGCAGUUUACCUGCAGCUGUGGGAACACCGAGUCAUCAGUGUGGUACCUCGUCGACGGCUGCAGCUCGGACGAGCGAUAGUGUGCGAGCUGCCACCGAAAGAGGCAAAGGGUGGCUUCAGGGAGAGCUACCAAGAAGACCCCUGGCUACCAAGAAGACCCCUGGCCUCUGCUCGUAUCCCCAGUGCACGGAGACACACGACGAGUGGCACUGGCUCAACGGGCAGUGCAGCUCUGUGCGCAUCUGUGAUCGGCACCACAGCACGCUCUGCCGUAAUCAAGAAGAGCGACAGAGUCUCUCCGACGCUCUGGACCACGUUCUCUCCUACCUUGAUGGGAUCAUCCGACUAG